CAGACUGGGUACACUUUCCCUAAAGUUUGCCCCAGAGUGCCCAUUUAGAGGGCGUAUCUCCGGGUAAGCGGAGGUACUCAGGAGAGAGGAAGUGCCCUCAAGUGAGAGGAAGUACCCACAGGUGAGAGGCAGUGUUCUCGGGUGAGAGUGAGUGCCCCAGAAAGGAAGGAGUGUAGACCAGGAGGGAGGAAGUACCUCCAGGAAGGAAGGAGUGCUCGUUAGGAGGGAGAUGUUGUCUAUACAGGAGCUGCGUGAGUCACUGAGACUGGCGGAGCAUCUAGCACAUCUCUCCCUCACCUCAGGGGGAGACAGAGAUGAUGUCUCCCAUCCCCAGAGGGGAGGGGAGACUCCCAAGCCUUACGUCCCCCCUAAGCAACUGCUGCUCUACCUUGUCAGGAUGGGAAGCUUCACGUCUAAGCCUCAGGUGGAGAGUGAAGAGGAUGAGGAUGAAUGUGUCAGUAUACCCGAGGUGGCGAUGGAUCGCCAGGCGCUGCUCCGCUGGGUCCGCGCCCCCCUCGCCCACCUGCCCCCUCUCCUGCCCCACGCCUACCGCCCACGGCCCCCCGCCCUCACGCCCACGAAGUCCUCGCCAGCUUCUACACCCACGAGGAAGGUGCCUGGAAGCUUCAGGGUGAUGCAGUGGAAUAUCCUAGCACAAGCACUGGGAACACAUGCUGACAACUUUGUGAAGUGUCCCCCAGCAGCCCUCCAGUGGAACACUCGCAAGUACCGCAUUCUUGAAGAGAUCAUCACCCACCAGCCACACGUCGUCUGUCUUCAGGAGGUAGACCACUACAAAGUGUUGGAGCAAGUGUUGGCUAAACUGGGAUACCAAGGUGUGUUCAUGCCCAAGCCAGACUCUCCAUGCCUCUACCUACCUAACAACAGUGGCCCAGAUGGCUGUGCCAUCUUCUGGGAUAACACCAAGUUCAAACUUGUGUCCAAGGAAACGCGCAUAGUAGAGGUGUGGCACGUGCAGAGUAAUCAGGUAGCCAUACUAUUGAUACUUGAGGAGCGAACCUCAGGAAAACAACUGGUGGUAUUGACGACCCACCUGAAGGCACGUCAGGGGGCACUGCUAUCCAGUCUUCGCAAUGAGCAAGGCAAGGACCUCCUGGCAUUCUUGAGUGAACACCGUCAGAUUCACCCCACCAUUGUAUGUGGAGAUUUUAAUGCCGAGCCAAGUGAGCCAGUAUAUGCUACCAUGAUCGAUGAAAGAACAGGACUGGCAUCAGCAUAUGCCCUGUUACACGGUGGGAAGGAACCGCCCUACUCAACUUGGAAAGUAAGAGGAGAACAGGACUGCUGCCAUAACAUAGAUUAUAUCUUUUACACACCACUAAGCCUCCAUGUAGAAGGGGGUCUUGAUGUUCCAACAGAAGAUGAUCUGGGACCAGGACGAGCCCCAAAUCUGGCUUAUCCAUCUGACCAUUUUUCUCUUGUCUGUGACUUCACCUUCCUGCCCAACCCAGAUGCCAGAACAGGUAACAGUUCAGUAGAAACGGGUAGUGAUAAACCACCAAUGCUUUGCCACACUGGUAAGAGUUCCUGACCACACAUAAUUUAAAAAUUUUGUUAUUUAUGUUCUUUAUAUUAGUAGUUUAACAAUAGAGUAUAAAUCUACUAGGUAGUCUCAGGCAGGUCUGUAUUGUUAGGUAGGUUUAUAGUGUUAGGAACAUGGAGUACAGGAUUAGGCAGUUGUGUGGUGUAACAAAAUAGUCAAUUUUAUUUUAAAAAAUGUACAUACUUUAUACAAAAUUAGUUGACAUUUAUUUCAUAUAUUUUGAAAAAUUAUAGUUUAUGCAGAGCAUUUUGAGUAUACUGAAACUAGAACUUAAAACUACUGUACUUGGCAUUACACAGAAGUAGUUAAGAUUAUUUGAUGUCAAGUUUAAUGUAAUUUUCUGAAUAUAAGAUUGUUAAUUGUAAUGCAUGAAAUCGUAUUGACACAAUUACAAACAAUCUAUACCACAGGCGGGGCUUGAACUUGUGGUUCAAGUGUCAGUCUGGAGUUUUACGACUCGCUAACCGUGAGUUCAAGCCCCGCCCGUGGUAUGAUUUAUUAUUAAUUGUAAUUAUUUUUUAAAGUAGCAAAAUUCUGCAUGGUAUAUUAAAACAGCAUUGUUAAUAUGGAAAGAGAAUAAUGCAAAACUGCAUUGAUCAUUUUAGUUAUAAUAAUGAUUGGAGGUUAGAAAUAUAGUGGUGACAAUAAGUGCACAAAUGUGAAUGCUGAUUGGACUCUAGUUAAGCAGACCGCAUUAUAUACAUUGAAUAUAUGUAUAUUUUCAGCUUUUAGAAGUAUCACAGAUUGAAAUUUUAGGCAGCACAUUCUGCCUUUAUUUAAAUUCCUUAACCUAAAUAUUAAUAUUCUACAUACUAUAUUCACUCCAUAUCUUCAAAACACUUCGUUGUAAUGCUAAUGCUGACCUAAAACGCUUCCUGGAAAAUUAACACAACACACAGGCAUCACACUUAAAACAAAGACUGAUUUUUUUUUUUUGUAUUCACCUGAACAGUAAACCCAUGAUUUAAGAUUCAUCAGGGGAUGGGAGGGAGAGUGGGUGACAGGCAAUGGAGAUUGUAGUUUAUGUAGAUGAGAUUGUUUUGCUGUGAUUAUAAGACAAAUCUCUAACCAGUAGAGUUUGUUUCCAAAUCGGCUGACCAAGUAGAUUGCAUCCAUAUUUCUGAAGUUUGUUAUACAGGAAUUUAUUGAAACUGUUUGGAAGCUCAGUGCAAAUAAAAUGGCCAAAGUUGUGGAAAAGUUUACCAACUGAAUUACAAACUUGUAACUGUGAAUUUGAAACAAACUAAAAAAAAUGUGUGCUUAAUGUAUUUCCCCAGAAACAAUUUUUAAUGUAACUCCUUAAAUUGCCAUUAUGCUUUUACUUCCAAGUUACAAAUUGCAUCAUGACUAAAUUAAAAAAAAAAAGUGCAUAUGUACAUUAUUAUUUGCUUUUUAAUGCUCUCAAGUUAAAUUUUGUCUUUCAUUUAAUGCUCAGUUUUGUAUUACAGUAAGGUAUUACAUUUUUAUGUGUGUACAUUAAUAUACGUAUAACCAAUUUUUUUUUUUAUACUGUUAGUGUUAGUCCUAGCUGAGACUGUCUGAAAUGCUGUGUAUAACUAAGCCUUUCUUUAUUAGAAAUAUAUACUUGUUAACUACUAUUGUAUUAUAAUAACUAAGCACUAAACCCAUCCUACUAUUGUAACUAAUGUAUUUUCAUGGGAAAAAGUUAUUUUUAACAUGUUUGGUAGGCAGGUGCGAAGUGUCAUGCAUGUAGUCUACCGACUGAACUCGCCUAGAAUCUGUAGCACCUCGUUCUGCCAUAGAUCAGUACCCAAGUUGAUUUAUGUCUGUUGCCUGUAAAACUGAUUCUUGCUGGGCUCGACCUGACCUUCACUGUGAUGAUGUAUCCUCUAGCCAGCACAACUUUCCUUAUGAAUAUGUCAUUACAGUAGCAUAUUAUAUUCAUAUUUUAUUAAUAGUGAAGUGCUAAACUCACAAGUCAUACAGCACCUUGAAAAUGAUAGGAGUGAGGAAGGGGUUUAAUGCAGCUUGAUUUGAGAAAAGUGAAGGGUUGCUCUAUUUGGACCAAGAACCCUUCAAUAGUAUCAAGGCACCCCUGGGUGAACAUUUCCUCUAGUACAGAUUAAACUGCUUGUAUUGAUCCACAAAUUAUUAAACAUUAACAUAUGCAUCAGGAAUCUCUUUAGUUUACAGAAUUUUUAUACAUCAUUAUGUACUAUAGUCUACAUUCUUUUAUAUUCUUUCCAAAGUAAUAGUUUGAUUUCUCUUGAGGUCUUCCUACAUGGUUACUUCUUUAUGGUUGAAUUUACAAUGAACAUUAGCCAAUUUUUCACACUACACUAAUUUAUUUAUUUAUAUUGGACAGUAUAUCAUGUAGUAAAUAUUUUGUAUGAUUAUAUUAACUUAGACUUAAUGUUUAGAGUCAGUGAUCAUGGACAACAUUGUAUAUAAUUUUUAUUUGUUUAAUUUUAAAUAUGAAUUUACAAAUGCUUUAGUCUUUAUCCAGCUACACAACAUCAUGUGGAUAUAUUGAACAGUGAACAGCAAGUCUGAACUCAGUACCAACCACUGAACUGUAUAUAAUGCACUGACAUGCUGUUGGUACAUGUCAGUGCAACAAGUUCUGUGAAAAUUACUAGGCUAGGAUGAGAAAGAAAUUUCUCUGAUUUUUAUCCAAAGAGUAAUAACCCAGGAUAACUAAACAAAAAGGCCAAGUGGUUCUCUUUCCUAGGUCUAAAAUAAUUAGUUUGUCCCAAAUUUUCAUUUGUAAAGUGUAACUGACAAAAUUUGAUAGUCCAUGCUGGUUAGGAGCAGAAACAAACAUAUUAAAUAUAGGAAGUACUGUAUAUAGUAAUGUCUUUUGUUACUGUGAAUUGUUUAAAUUGUGUGUUGUGAAUUUAGUUGAGAAUUAGAGCUGCUGUACUGCACAGUAAAUUUUGCAACAGUGAAAAGGCAAGUUCAAGGACACACAUUCAUUAGGUGGACUAUUUCUUAUUCCUUGGAUGGUACUGAGGAUGAUUAAUGCAUAAUAAAUUUAUCAGGUUUGUCUGUUAGUGAUGGUGAUUGUCUAAACAAAUAAGUUUAAAAAACUAACUUGAUCUAGCCAUAUUUAAACAAAAAACCUAACCUAAUUUAACUGUAUUUAGACAAAACUGAAAAGUAACUGUCUUCACUUUCAAAAUAAGCCUUUUUUUUUUUUGGACUUAACAUCUUUCAUAGAAGGGGGGAGGGGGGGCUAAAAUAAGGUGCAAAAACAUUUUUUGUGACAAAGUAUAUGCCUUGGCAUAAGACCUAGGUCAACUUACAACUGGUAAUAAUAAUACUUGGUGUGGAUGACAAUGCUCAUUCAAUGUUGUACAUAUGUAGCUCAGUGGUAGAGCAUUUGGUUCACGACUGAAAGGAUCAGAAUUCACAUCCCAGGCAGGACACACAUGGGCAAGUCUCCUAACACCUGUUACCCAUUUUUAUCUACCAGCAACUACCUAGUAGUUGGUUAGUGUCUUAAGGAAGGGGAUCUGAACCCUAAUGAAAAUAUUGGAAGUCACACUGCUUGGCCUUCUUGGGUUAUCCUGGGCCUCGGUUAUUAACCCUCCCAGGUUAAUACCCCAAAGAAAGUCCUCUCCAUGACUGAGAAUCAGCUCUUAGGAACAGAAGACUUUACACGCACGCACACACACAGUAGGACCCCAUUUAUAUGGCAGGGUAGGUUCCAGGCUACCACCAGAAAGCAGAAUGCCAUUGUUUUCCACUUACAAAUGCCAGCAAUAGAAAUAGGCAUUAAAAAACAAGAGUAAAAUACAUACACAGUACACUCAUUACUUACCUCAAAAUAUUUGUAGUCUUAAUGUAGGGUGAGAGGCGAGUAAACGAGAUAAAACAAAUAAAUGAGAGAGAGAACAAGUAAAUGAGAGAGGACAGAGCCACAGAUUAUGUAAAACAGAUGAACGUAUCUGGUUAUGGCUGAUACACGUUCAUUUCCAUGUCUGUGAAGCUUAUGUCAUAAUACAAACACCGUACAUUGUGUGCAAGUUGUCUCCACAUUGGUAAAGUAGAAUAAAUAAAGAGCAACACUCCUAUUCUUGUGUAACACCAUUUUUAGAAGGAAUAACACUAAGUGAAGGCAUACAAAAAGAAUAAUUUUCUACAGUUACCCCCGGUAAUACUAUUGUAUACAUUUCUUUGGUGUUGAACUAGAGAAAACAUUAUUCUUUCCGACACUUUGAUAAGACGACUGGAAAAACAUCUCAUAUUCAUCAAUUUAUUCUACUGUGGGUGUAUUUACCAUAUUUGUAUGUUAUGUAGCAUGUUUAUAAUAUAAUUUUGAAAAAAUAGAUGGAUUAAUCAAAAUGUCUAUAUUAAUGUAAUAUAUGACAUUUAAUGUGCCUCAGAAUGAUUAUUGUCUUAUUAUUAACAUGGCAUCUUCAAGACACUCUUAGUGAUUUUAAUGUGUACCUGCACACCAGCACACUGUGCAAGUUUAUUUAGGCACAGGUACACACAAGUAUAAUUAUCAGAGUAUGUAUAUAUAAAAUAUGAAAUAACAUUAAACACUUUGAUAUUUUGGAAAGUUUCCAGACAUAAUGGAGAGUUGUGCUCAGGGAGAAUGCAAACAAACCGUGUGGGGCGCAGUGACCAUAUCAGAAUGUCAGGUGGAGGGAGCCAUAUAGUGUGUUUCGGUCGUAAUUUGAAAUGCCCAUAUUAGCGGAACGCCGUAAAGUGGGGCCCUACUGUGUGUGUGUGUGAUAGUAUAUUUAUAUAUGAUUAAUUAUGACAGUUUGGCAUACUGGAAGGAUCAAUUAGGCAUUGGUAUGAUUAAUCUAGGUGUAUCUUGCAAGUAUAAUCUCCAUACUGGAUAGCAAUUUUAUUUUCCCCAGUGUUUUAAGAACUAGGAGAUUCCAUAUUGUUAAAUAUAUAGUUGAUUGCAGUGUGAGAGGACUUAUAAAAUACAAUAUACUCUACGCAUUUAAGCAGCUCUGUAUAGCCCUUGUGGCUUAGAGCUUCUUUUUUAUUAUAAUAAUAAUAAUUUAAGUGUUGUCAAGUAGUGCCGUGUUUAAAGAUUCUAUAUGUACUGCCUUUGUUGUCAAAAUAUAUCUUUUACUUACUGUUAAUUGUAUAAUAGUGAAUUCCACAGUCAUUUUAGUAUGUUCACCUAACAUAUUUUUAUAUAAAUAUAUUUUAAAUAAAUAUUUACAAAAGUUUUCAUUUUUACAACAUAUAAUUAAAAUAAUCUAAGUAAAUUUUGUAUGCAUGUGUGUAAUUUAAAUUCCGUAAUCGCUGGAGAACAUGUUUUUAAUUUGAUACGUUAAAAAGACCAAUAUUUGACGACUUGUUUGUUGGAUUUUGCUCACAUUUGACAUUAAACUGUUUCGUGUAGAUAAAAGAAAUACAUGAUUAUUAGACUCAAAACUGGGUCAGGCUAACCAUCAGACAGUCUUGAUAAAUUUAUUUUCUGAGAAGAAUUUAUGAGUUGUAUCAGAGUAGCAUAUAUCUUUGUAAACUAGACUUGUGGAGAUUAUAUAACCAUCGAGAAAACAGUUAAAGUACAUCAGUAAUGCCUCGUACAAAGCUAAGAAACUACGUAUAUGAUCCACAUGGGUUUACUGAAUUUUAGUUAAUAUAAAUAAUCUCCCUACUGUAAUGUAAAAAAGACUAUGAUUGGAGAUGGUUGACUAAAUUGUAGCUAAAACUUGAUCAGGUUAUAUACAUACAAUAGUCAAAUGCAUUAAACUGGUUAUUAAAUAUUAAGACAUUCAUUGACAUUAUAAUACUGUAAAUAAUGUUAAUCAUUAUUGUAGAGCUGGCAUAGAUUAUUUCAUUAAUGGGGAAGCACUAAACCUGUAUGGGUUAUACAGCAUCUAUAGAAUAGGUUAUAUUUGAUAAAAGGAAGGGAAAGGGCUCCAAUUCCUUGGAUCAAAAGCUAUCCACCAUCAAGACACCCUUCUUUGAACGGAAAAAGCUGGCACAGAAUCCUUUCCAUACCUAAUAAAAUAUAUCUGAAAAUAUUAGUGAAUCUACCCUCAUUUCACUGUUAUUCUUAUAUAAAAGGUACAAAUAUAAAAGAAUAUUGUACCAUAACCAAAAUACAGAAUUCACAGUGUUAUUGUAUUUUACAGAAAUUUUAACUUUUUUUUUUACAAGAAUUACUCGGAAUAUAAGCAGCCAUGAUCAAGUGAAGGAGACAACAUAAAAGUUGUGAAGCAAUAAAUACAUAUUCAAGAGUAUCAUAUCUCAGAGGUACUACACAUCAAUUUUAAGUUUGACUCAUUUCUGAUUAAUCUCCGAGUAUUUUUUUCCCAAGUCGGCCAUUUCCCACUACAGUAGUGAUCAAAAGAAAACAUUUGCCAUCACUCAUUCUUUAGUGAUCUUUCCCGGAGUUUAGGGAUACCACAAUUUAAAUAAUCCACUAAAUGGAGAGUAAAGAGCAAAUUAUAUUUGUAAGUGUGUGCAUUAAUAAUGUAAAUUUAAAUUAACAUUACUCUGUGUUAAAUUAUAUAUAUGUUGAAUUUUCUACCAAUAUAGGCAUAAAGAAAAAAAAAAAAAAAGUAGGUAAA